CCCCUCCUCUGCUCAUUCCACCCUCCACCCUGCGGCCGGUGUGGGCGGGGCCGGGCCGGAGGAUGGACGCGGCGCUGCUCGCCGCCGCCGCCGUGCUCCUCGCCGUCCUCCUCUUCUUCGCUACCCGCCUCCGCGGACAAGCGAGGGCAGCUGAUGAGGAACACCAGCAAAAUGUGGCAGCAGCAGCAGUGGCCAGGCCCCGGCCCCAUACUGAAGAGCGGGGAGAUGGGAUGCCAAGGCGCCGGAGGAACAUGGGAAACCGGAUGAUGGCCCAGAGGAGAGCACAGCAGGCAGAAGACUGGGUGGAAGAGGAAGAUGAUGCUGAGGAGGUGCCAGAAUUUCAGGUGUCUGGCAAAAUUGGAGCAAAGAAGCAGAGGAAAUUAGAAGAGAAACAAGCCAGAAAAGCACAGAGAGAGGCUGAAGAAGCAGAGCGAGAAGAACGGAAAAAACUUGAGUCAAAAAGAGAGGAGGAAAGGCGGAAAGAAGAGGAGAGAAUACGUCUUGAGGAAGAACGACAGGAGGAGGAAAAAAGGAAAGCAAAGGAAGAAGAGGAGAAGAGAGAGUAUGAAGAAUACCUGAAGCUGAAGGAGAGUUUUGUAGUUGAAGAGGAAGGGGUUGAAGAAUCAAUGACAGAGGAAGAGUCUCGCAGCUUUCUAAUGGAAUUUCUCCAAUAUGUUAAGAAAACAAAGGUAAUCCAGCUGGAGGACUUGGCUUCACAUUUGGGUUUACGAACACAGGAUGCAAUUAACAGAAUCCAGGACCUGAUGGCAGAUGGCACUCUAACAGGUGUGAUUGAUGACAGAGGAAAGUUCAUCUACAUCACUCCAGAGGAGAUGGCUGCUGUGGCUCAGUAUAUCAAACAGAGAGGACGAGUCUCCAUCGCAGAGCUGGCCCAAGCGAGCAAUUCCCUGAUCAACCUCCAGCCUGACAGCCAAGCUGUUGCUCCAACUGUGGCAUGAAAUUGUGGUGUGAGAAAAGUACAGCAGGAGUUUAACCUUUUAACGAAUAAGCCACGUAAUUAAAAACAAACAAGAACCCCUCUAGUCCAUUCAUGGUGCUUGAAGAUAGGAUGUUCUUUUUAAGCAUCAGCUGUAAGACUUGAUCAAAAGUUUUGCUUUUCAUUCUGUUAGAGCUGGUAUAAAAUAAGACAGCUGUUUGUACAGCAGAGGCUAGCUAAGAACUUGGGGCUAAAAUGCUCCUGUACCCCAGGAAUACCAGUAAUUUAUAAAUGUUUACUUUAUCUUGGCAGUCAGUCUCAUGUGGCUAUACCCAAACUUCUUAUUGUUUCCAGAUUCUGAUGUCUGUUUCAAAUAUAUUUGGUUUUAAUUGCA